CCCCUCCCUCCCCCAUCCCGUCUCCCGUAGUUGCCCGCCUUGUCUGUCCGGUGUGAGUUGGUCCGUGCGUAAUACUCUGCGCGCUGUCAUGUCUUUUCGGGGUUUCAUUUUCCCGCCGUCCGUGUCUCUUUCUCUGAGCCCGCCCUUCGGUACCAGAGUUCUGUUGGGACCAAGGCCGGAAGAGCUGGGUCGGUCCUCUUCGGGAUCAGCCUUCGCUCCGUACUCCGGAUCCGGGUCCUCUCCCGGUUUCAGCUCGCACCUCCCGUACGGCAGCUCCUUUGUGAGUCCCGGUUACAAUCCGUCCUCGGGGGUCUCGGGCUCUUUGGACUACCACCCGUCCACCACCCUUGGGGCCCUGGGGCCCUACGCCUACGGAGAACCCUCUUACCGGAAGAAUGCCACGCGGGAUGCCACAGCGACGCUGAAGGCCUGGCUCAAUGAGCACCGGAAGAACCCCUACCCCACCAAGGGGGAGAAGAUCAUGCUGGCCAUCAUCACCAAGAUGACGCUCACUCAGGUCUCCACCUGGUUCGCUAACGCACGCCGGAGGCUGAAGAAGGAGAACAAGAUGACCUGGACCCCCCGGAAUAGGAGCGAGGACGAGGAGGAAGAGGACCACGUCGAGCUGGAGAGGAACGACGAAGACAAGGAGACCGUCAAGGUCAGCGAGGAGCCCGAGACUGGGAGCCAGGCCGCCUCUCUGGGGACCCCCUGCGUUUUGCUGUAUCGUGAGGACAGCGGAAGCAGCAGUGACACGGACCGAAGCUUCACCGAUCCAGACUUCAAGAACUCGGGGAACCAGAGGCUGGCCCUCGUCCCGGGCCCCGCUUCUACAGCUCACCCCCCCCAGACAUCACCUACAGGGUCAUUUGUAGGGCCACAGCAGGAGCAUAAAGAACCCGUAGACUUGAUUCGGGGAUCAAACCCUAAACCCAAACUCUGGUCUCUGGCUGAGAUCGCCACCUCUUCCGAUAAGCAAAAAAGACCCAGUGACACAUCUCAGACCCAGUUCCCACACAGCCCCGUCCUGGCCCGAAAUCUCUACACCACCUCCUCCUUCCUCCCUAGGUACCCCGGCUUUGGCUCCCUGGGGGCCCCCCAGGGCGGCUCACACCUGAAUGGAUUACACCACACGAUGCUGCAGAGGGCCGAGGCCGCGGCCAGAGCCUCAAUAGUCCAGAACCAUAACCUGCUGGACCUGCAUGAGCUGAACAGAAGCUGAAACUCUUUUGUCUUUGCUGCUGGACUCAUCCGGAUAUCAAAACUCUGACGCGAACGCUCAAGUACUGGAGAGGGUUUUAUAUGUUCAUGAAACUGUCAUGAAUUAAAGGAUAGUAAGACAGAACCAGAUGUUACGCUCUCAUUCACCUAACACCGAUGCUGAGGGAAACAUGUGGAUGAGCAGAAUAAAAUGGUCCAAAAAUACAGACAAUUAAAAGAACUAUGUAGGGAGAGAACAUUAGAGUUAUCACAUUUAAUUAGAAUUGUGACCUCAAAUACCAAUGUCAUGAUUAAUAAUGUGGAUUCAUAUUUAAAUGAAUGGUUUUAAAUUGUUUAUCAAACAUUUUAAUUAAUUUUGACAUCAGCUUACAUUUAUUGCCAAUUGCAAACUCUCUAUAUAUAUAUAUAUACAGUAUAUAUAUGGAUUAAUUGGAAAGAUUAUUAAUUACCUAAUGAAAAUAAAUAAAUUAAAAUUCAUUUAAAGUUAAUAUCUGCUGGUUCCGGAUAUACAGUAUCUACAAAUGCAUAUAAACAGUAUUUUACAGUAAAAGAACAUGAGAAGUCAUGUCAAAGGUGUUUUUCCUGUUCCUGCUGAUUUUAUUAUUAUAUAUGACGAUCAUAUUCUAAAAACAUCUUAGAGCACCAUUUCAACAGAACUCAACGUCUCUUAAAAAGAUUUUUGAAAGUGAUAAAAUUAUUUUUUCAAUUCUAAAAACAUCACUGUGUUGUAAAAUAUGAAACCAGCAGCGUGGUGUUCACACAGGUUGAAACAACUUUUCCAGUCAUUUAAAAGAGACUUCAAGGACUUACCCAUAACCCGAGCGCUCACUGCUCAUCUUCAUUGUCCUGACGGCAGGCUAAUGGCCCAUUAGCCUGUUGGCUCGUUAGCUGAUUCAAAUCACAUUUUAAUAAAAACUCAAAAUUUUAGUUUUUCUAAAAUCAGUCUGGUGCGAUGUGGACGAUUGAAUAUCCUGAUCCUGUAGAGCCCCAGGUUCAAUGAGAUAAGAUAAAAAAUAGCCUAAUACAACUAACUUUGUUUUUUUAGGGAGGUGUUAUGGUUAUGGUCUUUUAUAAUUGUUGAUGAUGCUCACAACCAAUAAAUAUUGUUAUUUUUGUUUUUGCUUUUUGCUCCAACGGAUUUUUGUUUUCACAACUGUCCCGAAAAAGUUUAAAACAUUCCCACACUAAAAGUGUUGCACUUUCCUUCAUCAUCUGGUUGUCAUUUGCAUCAUCUCAUCUCAUCUUCAACUGCUUAUCCGGGGUCGGGUCGCGGGGCAGCAGCUCUGACUGGCGUUUCCAGGCCAGUGUAGAGAUAUAAUAUCUCCACCUAGUCCCGGGUCUUCUUCCCAGCUGGCAAUGUCUGGAACACCCCCCUAGGGAGGUCUUUAAGACCUUUAGGAUCUUAUGAGCGGAGCAGUUCUUUAUUUUCACGUCAGUAUUAGUUUAGUUUAGCUUCUCUUUUGAUUGAAAUGUACUCCAGAAGAGUACUGGGGUAUUAUACAAAGCAUUAAUGCUUUAAAUGUACUCUAGAGGAGUACACAUAAAGUGUUUAUAUGUGGGACAAUUUUCCUUGUCUACAUUUAACUGGAAUUAUUAGUUUUAUUUUCAUAUGUUAUAAUUAAAAUAUGUGAUAAUAAAAUAAAAAACAGUCUUUUAA